AAUUUCAUUUUCAAUCAAAAUGCAAAAUAGAAAGUAUUGCGUUAGGGCUCUGAAGUCGCUGAACUUCUCUUCUUCACGAUCCCAGAUCGUUUGAAAAUAAAUUUAGAUUGAAGUUCAUUCUCUAUUAACAUGAAUUAUAUACUUGGAGCUUUCAAGCCAGCAUGCCACAUUUCAGUGACAUUGACAGAUGGGAAGUCAAGGAAGCAGAUACCAUUGAAGAAGGAAAAUGGCCAAACAGUAAUGGUCCCACUUUUUCAAAGCCAAGAAAACAUAGCUGGGAAGAUAUCAAUUGAACCAAUAUCAGGAAAGAAGGUUGAACACAAUGGAAUAAAGGUUGAGCUGCUCGGUCAGAUAGAAAUGUACUUUGAUAGAGGGAACUUCUAUGACUUUACCUCUCUGGUUCGAGAGCUGGAUGUUCCUGGUGAAUUAUAUGAUAGGAAAACAUACCCAUUUGAGUUUUCAACUGUUGAAAUGCCUUAUGAGACGUACAAUGGGGUUAAUGUCCGUCUUAGGUACGUCCUCAAAGUUACAAUAAGCCGAGGCUAUGGUGGCAGCAUAGUGGAAUACCAAGACUUUGUGGUGCGCAACUAUAGUCCGCCUCCAUCAAUCAACAAUAGUAUUAAGAUGGAAGUUGGAAUUGAAGAUUGCCUUCAUAUUGAAUUUGAGUACAACAAGAGCAAGUACCAUUUGAAAGAUGUUAUUAUAGGCAAAAUAUAUUUCCUCCUUGUACGAAUCAAGAUAAAGAACAUGGAUCUUGAGAUCAGACGCCGGGAAUCUACAGGGUCGGGGGCAAAUACCCAUGUUGAGACGGAGACCCUUGCAAAAUUUGAGUUGAUGGAUGGUGCUCCUGUCAGAGGUGAGUCGAUUCCCAUCCGGCUCUUCCUUAGUCCAUAUGAACUUACUCCAACAUAUCUGAACAUCAACAACAAAUUCAGCGUGAAAUACUAUUUGAAUCUUGUUCUUGUCGACGAAGAGGAUAGACGGUAUUUUAAACAACAGGAGAUUACAAUGUGCCGCAUUGCUGAGAUUUCCUGACCUGUAUUAGAAAGACUCAAAUCUCUUGAAACUCGAGGUUUCUCUUGUGCAACUGAGUAGCGGUUUGGUUUCUAAAGGGAUGAACACCUUUUGUUUUCCUUUUUCAUCUUCAUUUUUUUUUGGGGAUAGAUUAAGUAACAUGUGUGAUUACAUUUGUAUAGACAAGCUGUUGCAUUAUAUACUUGUUUAGAGUGUGUUUUAAGAUGUUUUAAAUGGUUUACUCCUGUUUACUGUUAAUAGACAACUAUCGAGUUGGACCUUUAUUUAUGGGGUAAAAUGCAUAUAAAUACACUAUGAUAUGUA